CCUGGAACCAAACCUUCAAGACCCAACUAGUGUUUCCACAAAAUGCCCUCCACCACCGCCAAGCCCGCCGGGAAACAUGUGUUGAUGAUCGACAACUACGACUCGUUCACCUGGAACUUGUACCAGUUCCUCUGCCAGUCGCCCAAGUGCGGCAAGGUGAGCGUCUUCCGUAACGACAAGAUCGACAUCGACACCAUCGUCAACGAGAUCAAACCCGACAUUAUUUUCAUCAGUCCAGGGCCAGGACACCCAACCACCGACCUGGGGGUCUCGCGCGCCAUCGUGGAGUAUUUCCAAGGAAAGUUACCCAUUUUGGGGGUUUGUAUGGGCCAGCAGGUGAUCUUUGACGUCUUUGGUGGGGUCGUUGAUUACGCCGGAGAAAUCGUCCAUGGGAAGACCACCACCAUCAAGCAUGAUGGCAAGGGGAUGUUUGCCAACGUGCCGCAGUCUGUGGCCGUCACCAGGUACCAUUCGUUGGCCGGAACCCAAAAGACAUUGCCUGAUUGCUUAGAGGUUACCGCCCGGACUGAAACUCUGCCAGAGAUUAUCAUGGGGGUACGACACAAGGUUUAUACAAUCGAGGGGGUUCAAUUUCACCCUGAGUCCAUUUUGACCGAAUCUGGACAGUUGAUGAUUGAUAAUUUGAUGGAUAUUGAAGGAGGAACUUGGGAAGAAAACAAAGAAGCCAGUGCCGAAUGUGCUGGCGUUAGUGCUGUUGCUGCUGCUGCUGCUACUACUGCUGCUUCUUCCUCCGGAACCACUGUCGGCUCUGCCUCCAGUGGCUCCUCUAAUAUUCUUACCAAAAUCUACCAUCAAAGAAUCGCCGAUUACAAACAAAUCUCACAACUCCCAGGGAAAUCUUUCUCCUCAUUAGAAUCUACCCUCUCCCUUAACAUCACUCCUCCACCAAUCAACUUCUACGAACGUCUCCAUUCUAACCCAAAGACGGUGAUCCUCUCGGAAUUCAAAAGAGCAUCUCCUUCCAAAGGUGACAUCAAUGUGGAUGCCCAUCCGGGUCAACAGGCACUUGUCUACGCCAUGAAUGGAUGUUCUGCCAUUUCCGUGUUGACUGAACCUACCUGGUUCAAAGGGUCUCUUGACGACUUGUCCCUCAUCCGUAAGGUGAUUGAUGAGGCCACCGUGACUAAACUUUUCCCAGACUACGUCAGACCAGCCGUUUUACGUAAGGAGUUCAUUUUCAACAAGUAUCAAAUUCUUGAGUCUCGUCUUGCUGGUGCUGACUCUCUUCUCUUGAUUGUCAAGAUGUUACAAGAUGCCUCCCUCUUGCAAGAACUCUACGAAUACUCCUUGUCCUUGGGGAUGGUCCCCUUGGUUGAAGUCAACAAUAGCGAGGAACUCGAAGUCGCCCUCAAAUUGACGUUUGAAGGAUCCACCAACGAGCCACUUGUCAUUGGAGUCAACAACCGUAACUUGACCACUUUUGACGUUGAUUUGAACACCACCAGCUCCUUGGUGGCCCAGGCCAAGGGCAGUGCCAGAAAGGGCGAUGUCAUGGUUUUGGCGCUUUCUGGGAUCACCUCUGUUGAAGACGUCAAGAAGUACAAGUACGAAGACAAUGUCGAUGGCUUUUUGAUUGGUGAAAGCUUGAUGAGAGCUGAAGAAAAGGGGGUUGCUGGGGAUUUCCUCAAGGAAUUAUGUGAAGCUUAAUGUAUAGAUAAUAAAGAACAAAAUUGAAUAAACAAG